CCUGGCGCCGGCCAAUCGCGGCGCACCUCGAGCCACAGCUGGGCCCCCCCGCGCGCACCAAACGGCAACGCAGUGUUUGCAAGUGAUUCGUAGCAAAAUGUGUCGCAAACGUCGUCAAUUUUAAUUUUUCGCGACGUAUUACCGAGGUUUGUGUGUUGUAUUUUCUCGUGAUAUCUCCCUAUCGUCCCUGUUUUCCCUCCGCAAUCUCCUGUCUUCCCGUCGGAAGCGAGGAAAGUGGAAUUAUUGAUUAUAUUCAGCCAAUGCUUGCCAUCCCUCGCUCUUGCUCGACCCGACUCCAGAUUGUUCAUAAAAUAAUAUCAUCCCAUCGAAUCUUUAUGAGGUUCUCAUUUGUCGAAGGAGAGUCAGUGGUUGAUCUUAAAUAAAGAUGGGGAAGCAGAACAGCAAAUUGAAACCAGAGGUUUUGCAGGACUUAAGGCAGAAUACAGAAUUCACAGAUGCGGAAAUCCAAGAAUGGUACAAAGGAUUCCUGAAAGACUGCCCCAGUGGUCACUUAAGUGUGGAGGAGUUCAAAAAAAUUUAUGGAAAUUUUUUCCCUUACGGUGAUGCUUCAAAGUUUGCUGAACAUGUAUUCCGAACUUUUGACGCAAACGGUGAUGGCACAAUCGAUUUCCGGGAAUUCCUAUGUGCUCUGUCAGUCACAUCCAGAGGAAAGCUAGAGCAAAAGUUAAAAUGGGCUUUCAGUAUGUACGAUUUAGAUGGGAAUGGAUAUAUUUCAAGGCAGGAAAUGUUGGAAAUAGUUUCGGCAAUUUACAAAAUGGUUGGGUCAGUAAUGAAAAUGCCUGAAGACGAGUCUACCCCUGAAAAGCGGACAGACAAAAUAUUCCGGCAAAUGGACAAGAACCAAGAUGGUAAAUUAUCAUUAGAGGAAUUUAUCGAGGGUGCGAAAAGCGAUCCGUCAAUUGUCCGGCUGUUACAAUGUGAUCCUCAGUCCCAAUGAGACUCCACCAAUUAUUAGGUGUAACCCAAUUCAAAGUAAUAAAUGCAUAAAAUCCUUCUUUUCACAGAAACGCUUCGCUCUUCGUCGAAUCGUUUCGUUUGCUCACGGAGGUGCGUCAUCUUAACACAGGCGUUAAUUGUUGUCACCUCACUCUUGUAAUCAUUGAGUGUGUUUCAUUAUUCUUGUGAUUAUCUUUGUUGUUUUUAUUCGACCUUCUUUCAAUUGUUGUUUCCUUCUCGAAUUCUAUUAACUAUUUCUGUGUCGAGUUUGUGACAUCUUUUCAAAGACUGAAAGAUUGAUGUACCUAGGUAUUCCAUUUAGAAUUAUUGUAGAAAUGGAAUGUAUACAAUCAGAUAAAAUAUCUUGCGGAAAGUUCUUACAUGUUCGUCCCUGCAAGAACUUUUUUUGCGUAGAGUACUUUCGUUUUCACCCGUUUGUCCUCUUCUUUCGGAAAGUAGUGGACUAGUUCUUGUGCUGGGAAUUUUCCUUGCUAAAAUUGAAAAGACAUGAUUCUUAACUAUUGUGGACACACUAAAAAGCAGAGAUUAUUGAACCAAGUUGUGCAAAGUAGUAGUGUUCUGGCUCAUGCAUACAUUGAGUUGCAGAUUAAGUUGGAAACUGAAAAGCAAAAGUCAAUGGGUCAAUUUUAUUUCAUUUUUUUUUUCAAUUUAAUUUUUUUUUAGUUCAUGGAAAAGCAAUUCUGACAAACAAAUGUAUUGGCUUUAAGCUCUGUAGUAUAAAUUUUUAGAUCUUCUGGCAUUUACAAUUUUUGUCCUUAGAUUAUCUUCCACUUGCAAAUUUAUUUCAGGGAUCAUCCUGAUUCUGUGCUGUAAGCAUGUUCUAAAUGAAGUUUUCAUCUGUAAAAGAUAUAAGUGAAAAGAAUAAGGGUAAUUGUAACGUCGUUGAUUUGCGUUUUGAAUUUCUUCUACAACUCAAUCAAGUCUUCUGAUAGAUUAAGUAAGAAAUAGCUGAGGCACAGAGCCAAGUUUUGUUUUGCAAGCACAUUUGCAAGAUUAUCAGCUUAUUUCUGAUCACAAAUUCGACAUAGUUAUCUCUUCUACUAUCUUUAAAUUAAGACAGAGUGUUUGCAAGUUUAAGGGUCUGCCCGUGCUUUUCACUUCCAUGGCAGGAAAAAGAAAGUUGUUAACAAUGAAGCACUCUAUGAAAGUCCUCCAAAAAUUAGAAAUCAGACUCUUAGUACCUGAUAUCAUUGCUUACGUUUAAGUAUGUUUGAAGGGAACGAAACAUUUUAUUGGUCAUGGGAAAGUUUUCCUUGAAAAUUGUUUAAUAUUUUCUAUCACAUGCCGUGACCAGUACUUUUACCAAAGAGCAAACCAACCAUUACAAAUGAGUUGGCCCAGUAAAAUUUCAGAAGUAAUAUAUUAGCACUAUUUCAGGCUGGUAAUGAGUAUGAUUAGAACAAAGAGCUUAACUUCAGAUUAUAGCCAAUUUUAAAAAAAAUAUUGAGGUAAGAAAUGGAUGGAGAUGGCUUUCAAAAUGAUCCUUUUUAAAAUACAAUUUUUCAUUGCAAGACAAUGACUUUGACGAUAUUUAAGAAUUUGUUGGAAACACAUUACCAGUCGCUGACUUGCCAAAGAUAAGGGCAAAGCAUCCGAGAUGAGUUUGUUCCUAAAAUUAUUUUCACUAAACGAGAAUGUCUUUCCAGAUGAGUGCAAAUACCCUCAAUACGCAAACACUCUGGGCUUUUGUUUAUAUUCAAUCUUCUUGGAAAUAAUUGUAUCAGUUACCAUAAUGAAUUAUCAUGGAUAAGCAGUAUUUUUAUGCAUCAGUAAGUGCAAAAAAAAUGUAUUAUUAUUAAAAUAAUUUCUACGAAUUGAGUUUUUUAACUUCAAUACUGUAAGAUAAUAUUUAACUAAAUCUUUUCUUGUUUCUGAAUUAUCAUUUCUCUUUUUUGUGUUUUUUUUUUCACAAUCAUAUUCUUUAACGUUUUUUUAACGUUGCCUGUCUCACUUUCCUAAUUUUUGAUUUGACCUCACCCUUUGUAAGACCCUGUAAUUUUUCUAAUAAUUUAAUUUUUUUCUAAAUGAGUAGUUUAAGAUUAUUAUUUUGGUAAGUUUUAAUUGUUUUUUCCCUAUAUCUAUCUUUAUUUCACUUAACCAUGGCAGUUUUGCUGAACCCCCUUUUCCAUCCUCCAGUUUGUAGAAAUGUUCCUAUCAGAGUUGUAAAUGAAUAUCUAGGAGUAUUUUAUUUUAUUCAAUUUUAUUUGAGCAAUUCAAAACUAACUUUAAAGUAUGUUCCAAAAGGAAAGUAGAAUUUUUGAAGAGCAUCACAUAAUCUCAUCUAGUCCGCAAUCAGCAUGUAAAAGUUUACCCUGAUUAGCGCCCCAUAAAUAUCGAACUUCAUCUUUCAUUAUCAAAAAUCCAAUAAAAAUUUCCAACUGCUGAAGCUUAGCAAUUGUUUCAACAUGUCUACCUACCCCUGUAAUUGUUAAUCUAAAUUUUUUCUUUCUUUUUCAUCAUUAUUUAUAUUGUAUUUGCCACUGAAGGCCCCAAAUUUUUUUUUUAAAAAAUUUAACCCUUAUUUUUCAGUAUUAGAAAUUAUUUGAAUUUGAAUUUUCCCCCAUUUUUUACUUAUAGUUUCUCAUCUGAGUGUUUCUAUUUAUGUGAAAGGCACUAUACAGCCUUUUUCUUUUUAAAAUAAUCAUGUUCUCUAAAUUCAGUGGCCUAAAUGGAAUGGUUUAUACGAAUCUUCUGCAAAAUUUUGUGAUUGGUCAUUAUAAUUAUACAGGGCUAGGAGUGUGGCAAAGGUAUUUCUUUUCGAUUGCUCUUUCCAUAUUUUUAUUUUUUCUGCCUUUUCACACUGAUAGUGGAUUGACCAGGAUGUUUGAACAGUUUCUUUUAUGGGAUUUCCUCUUUACAAGUUCUAUAAUGCUUUUCAUAGCCAAUGCUGCUAGGCUUGUUUCUGUAUGCGUUUGUUGAUGGUUCUUUUGGGAUAAAAAAACCAGAAUAUCAAACUGAAUUUUGGUGGGAAUAAAAGUUAAGUUUUUUUUUGUUCUCGUCUUCAAAUAAUGUUUUCCUAGAAAUGCCCUUGCAUCACUCAAUGCCUUUGAAUUUCAUCUUUGUUUAAGUAUCCAAGUACAUAGUUUGUUUAACUUUACUGAUCGUCAACUAGAAAUGUUAUAUUUCAGUCAAACCUCUUGCAUUCAUCUUUGGCCCUCCAAGAUUUACUUUUCCACUGAUGAAUCAAAGUAAGAGAAAUGAAUGGAAAAACUGAAAUGAAACUCACCAUAAAUCAGUUCUACAGUUUGUGCUUAACAGAUUUUUACAUGUCCCAGGAUCUUAUGUUGAGGGUUAUAUGUAAGAAGCUGAAUUAUCACAAUAAUUUUCAUGAUUUCAAUAAAGAUAUACCUUUCGAAAAUUAUAGAGCAUGAUAUCUUCUAUAGUGUAAGAGUUAACCGUCAAUGAUUUCACCCAAUAGCCUAUUAGUCCAUGGUGUCUAGGACCAGUUGAUAAAUUCCUCUCCAAACGGAUUCUAAGAAUUUGAAAAUUUGCUGUCUCAGUUUUUAAUUCUUAAGACUAUUAAUAUUAUUUUUUUCUGUAAUAUAAAAACUACCUCUUAUCUCCUUUUUUGUUAGUUACAAAGGUGAUUUCUACAAUUUUGUAAUAUUGUUUUUCCUCCAUCAUGUAAAUUACCAGGAAAGAUCAAUUCUGGGUACCUAAGAAAACAUGCCUUGAUAAGGAUUGAUUUUUACAUCUGUGUUCCAUCGGACAAAAUUCAAUAUUACCAACUUGUAAGUGUUGCCACCAUCCAGUUACAUCACCUUGUAGGCUUUAGUAUGGGGAAAAAAAUACCUACAAUACUUUCUGACCAAUCAGAAGCCAAACUCUUAUCAUGUAACAAUCGAUCCAUCAUAAACUGAUAUUAGGAAUUGAUCUAAUUUAUCCAUCAAAAAUUGAUUUGCAGAUACUGUAUGUAUCUGCAUUCUGCAAUUGAUUUACUCGAACUGAGUGUCGGUAAUUUUGCCAACUUGUGCUCAAAUUUAAUUUAAAAUUGAUCUUUCAUUAUUUAAAGAAAAAGACCCAAUGAAGAGGUAUCAGUUUUAGGCCGAAUUUGAAUGGACUUGGGUGAAAUUACCGACACUCUCGUCUAUAAAUGACUUGUGUGUUGACCAGGGAUCCCUUAAUCUGUUUGUUAAGAUUUACAAAAAAUUGAUUGACCAAAGCAUCUUUGUUGGACUCCCUCCUCUACCCCUGUUGGCCUUUUUUUGCUUCCAUGCAUAUAUUUUUCAUUCACUGCUCUUAAAUUUAUUUACUUCAACAACAAAUAAGUCUCUCUGAUGUAUUCAUUUUUGAAAAAUUUGAAUUUGAAACCAGUACUUAUUCUGUAGAUCACAAGUGUCAACAGAACAUACGUGUGGAGGGCUUUUUUCCCUCGCUGUUUCGUUUUUUCCUCUAUCUAAGACAGUCACCUUUAAGAAACAAGAAAUUGCUACUAAAAGCAUUCAUGAAUUUAUAACCUCUGUGGCAGGAAAAUUGGUAUACGUCCGAAAUCAAUAAUGACAGUAAUUUCCUAAUUAUUCAUGCAAAUAAAAAUGUGAUUUUAAGUGUAUUUUUCAAGAUAACUUUCUCUUUAUCCUCAUUAGUUUCUUCUUUUUUUUUAUUUUACUAACCCUAAUUUACGUGUGCACUCUUUUCAAUAAGACUAUUUUUAAUUUGUCUUGCCUGUAAAACGACCCUGUAAAUAUCUUUAAAAUUUUCUGGUGAAAAUUGAUUUGUCACGGGGGCCCUAAAAGUUUCAUUGAGUUCUCCCAAGGCUGGAAAGUUCAACAAACAUUGAUGGCGUUUGACUCAGUAGUUGGAGUUCCGAGUUCACCUUUGUCCUCAAAAUCCAGGUCCCAUCUGUCCUAUGAAAAAGAGAAUCAAAGGCGAUUGAUACUCUCAGUUUAUUAAUAUUACUUACAAACAUUUCCAUUUCAGUGCCCCUGAAGAAGUUGACAAAUUAAAUUUUCAUCUGGAUCUCUUUUUUCUUCUUUUUUUUUUCUAUUUUAACUUUUAUAUUUAUGAAUAAAGAUUCAAAGUUCAUAUCAUCAUUUGCUCCUCUUGAGAUCUUUCCUGAUCCGCUUUUUGUACAUUAUUGACAAUUAAAGAAGUACUUACCCUUGUAAAGGAAAUAGUCUCCUAUGGAUUAAAUGAUGCUCACGAGAGGUGACCAUGCAAUUGCGCUUGCGGUCGGUCAAAUCGUUCAUAACAGACGAAUUUCAUUCUAAUAGGAGCCUGUGAUGCUUAUCACUUGAAGGUGGUCUCAAUCACGGAGAAAUUAUGUACCUUUAGGGUGUCCUAAAUAAAGUGGCAUGAACUUUUGAGAUCGAUUUCUUCAUAAAAUGCGGAAUGCUAAAUUUCAGAUUUUUCAACCCUCCCCUCUUAAGUAACGCUUGUGACGUAGGUCCUUAUCUAUUGAGUAUUGAUGCAUGAAAACAAAAUUGCGGAUUUCUGUCCACAUCCUCUCUACCCCCUGUUACGCAUUUGAUGGACAGUCUUUGAGGAAAUCAGACUAUUCUUAUCAAUGUAAUUUAAGUCUAAAAUAAACAAAGGAAUAUAUGUCUCCCUUAAAAUGGCUCAAACGGAAAAAUUUCAUAGAACAAAAUAGUCUAAUUUCGGUCUGAAGGAUUGAUCCAUGAAGUUCAAGCCAUUCGAUUCGAGACACCCUGUAUUUCCAUCAACAUAAAUCGAUUGGUUUAAACAAUUUGCCAAAGAAGACAAAACGCUAUAAGAAUGGAUUCUUUGGUAGGCAGUUUUUCCAUGCCACGAGUGAAAAAUACUAUAUGAGGCAAGUAAGAGAAAAUAAAGGAGGAUUCCCUAAUCCUCAAUCUUUUUAGAAUGUAAAUUAACUAUUAUUUAAUUGGUCAGUUUUGGGGCCCUCAUUUAAGACGUUGAGUACUGGUUAGAAAUUGUCAAAUAUUUCAUUCUGGGUUUUUCAUUUUCUUUUUAUUUUAUUUAUGUUUGUACCUAUGUAUGUAAUGCAUGUGUCAAAUCUUGAAAAGUUGUACCUAGAUUGUUUUUUAAUCUAGGUAUGUAACCAUGGCGGAGAAUUGGUUUUUUAAUGCGCUGUUUCAUACAUAUGGAGUGAUAAAUCAAAUUGAGAUGAAAGUUUUGGAUUUGAUAUUUUCUUUUAUUGAUCCAACAUGAAAUCAAUGGUAUAUAAAAGGUGUCAUUUCUAUUUCAACUCUUAAAAUAACCGUAAUUUGAGUCCUAUGAAUCCUGUUUUUGUGAAAGUAUAGAGGAAAGAAAGGGGUCUUCAAAAUCGUGAUCAGUACAACAUUUUUCAGUGGUGAUAACAAUUGCCUUUGAGUUGCUUCUUCAAAAUAUAAAUGAGAAAUCUGAUGUAGACUUGGGAGGCAUAGACCUUUAUCAUUACAUCAAGCAGAUUUUGUCAAAUCUUACAAAAAAAGGAAAUAUUUUUUGACGAUUUGUUACUCAGCAGUUAAGAUUGAAUGUUUCCGAAACUCAAGUUAGAAUUCAUAGUAAUCACAUGAAUGGAUUCAUAUUCUAAAAAUUGAAUGAGGAAUAAUUUUUCCUAAUGUUUAAGCUCCUUUUAAGCUGUUAUUCUAUUUGGUCUAUUCUUCUCUGAGAAUCUUGGUCGCUCUUGAGACAAGAGCUACCUAUUGAACUCAUUUUAAAUUGAUGCAACAAAGAAUACAUUCUCAAUACUGCCUCUCUUUAAUUUAAGAUAAAGUAUACCAAUGUUGCCGUGUCCAGACUUUGUCCAGAGAAGACUACCGCCACUCAUGAUAAUUUACUACGUAAGUAAAAAAAAAAAAAAAGAAUGAAUAUGUCCCUUGCAGCUGAACCUGUAAGUUAAUCUUUACAGCUCUUGAUAGCAAUUUGGCAAUUUUUACUUUUUUCUUCCAGUAGGUAUUAUUUUGUACUUGCAUCACCAGAAAGAGCUCAAUCAGAUCACCCUCGAUAAAUUGACAAAAAGAUAAACUUUCCGCAGAAAGAAGUACAUAUAAUUUUUCUUGCAAUAUUAGCAUAAACUAUUUCCCUCUUAAAAUAAUUCAGUUUGUCUCCUAAUAUUGAAUAAUUAGUUUUUAUAGCUUGAUUUUUUUGCUCGUUUCAAUCUCCCCCUGCUUUUCAAAUCCUUCCUCUUUGUUGCCAAUUUGAAGCUGAAGAAAAUUCUGGUUUACUGGUUGAAGUUUCAUUUCACAUGGAUUUUUCUAAAAUUCUUGAAAUACAUGUCAUUUUCAUUUUACAA